AUGAAGAAGCCUAUUGGUGAAGCGAUAAAGGAGCUGAUCGAUGCAGGCAAAAUCAAACGCACGGAUCUGUUCAUCACCACGAAGGUAUGGAUUACACACGAACACCCGGACGACACCGAAGGAGCAAUUCGCGAAUCUCUUCGUAAACUCAAAAUGGACUAUGUGGAUCUUUACCUGUCCCAUAUGCCAACUUGCUUCAAUCAUGACAUGACAGCCCAAAACAAGUCGGUGACAGUUCAAGACAUUUGGCGUGGAUUAGAAGGUGUCUACAAAAAAGGACUGACUAGAGCGAUAGGUGUGUCCAAUUGGAAUGGCGAACAAAUUGAACGUGUGCUCAAAACCGCUACCGUACCUAUUCAUAACAACCCUUCGUAUAGCAUAGAGCUGUUUCGAGUCGCCUGGUUUUGGACUCACCUCUAUGAGCUUCAUGAGAUCUGCAAGAAACACAACGUUUCUAUCACAUCGUACGGCACUUUGGGAUCACCAGGUCGAGCAGCCUUCAUGCCCGACAAAUUCGGUUGGAAGGAAGCUCCAAAGGACCUGGAAGAUCCGAAUGUGAAGCAGCUGGCCAAGAAGUACAAUAAAACUCCUGCUCAGAUUUUGCUGCGCUAUGUGAUGGAUCGAGGCAUUGCCAUCAUCCCGAAAUCUGUGAAGCCUGCUAGAGUGGUUGAAAACUUCCAGGUAUUCGACUUCGCGUUGACCAAAGACGAAAUCAAACUGCUCGAAUCAACAAAAAUCGCCAGAGACUCUUCACGGGACGAUUUUAUGAUUGGCCAUCCAGAAGAUCCAUUCAAAGCCGAGAGGAAGUGA